GCUUUGGGCGGGCGGCGCGCACCUCUUUCGCGGGCAAUGGUGCUCGUCUCCCUCGAGCUGGGAGGGCUGCUCAAUAACCCCAGGAUGCCCUUCAUGCGGUGGGGCUCACACAUCUCCAUCAUCGCCAUCCUCGUCACCAUGUUCGUCAUCCCGCACGACCAGUCCACGCGGAUGCGCCCCGAUCAAGUCGGGAGCGAUGCGCUGCAGCUGGGCUGGCACACGAUGCGGCCGCGGGGGCCCGCGGCGCCGACUCCCGUCGCGCCGCUGCCCGCGCCCGGCGCCCCCGGCCAGCCCGGCGCGCCGCGCGCCUCCCUCCACCACCAGGGGCGCGCGCGCGCGCGGCUUGCGAGGGGGCGCGCGCGCGAGCCGCUGGGGGUGCUCGCCUUCGUCGCGGAGGAAAGGCGGGCGCCGGCAAACUUGACGGCGCUGCUGCUGCACUCCAAGUGGAGGCACUCCCGCACCCUCGCUUCUCUGCGCCGCUCCUUCCGCGCCCCCUCUGCGCGCGGCACGAGCGCGCGCGGCGGCGCCGCGGCGGCGGGGGGCGGCGCGGGCGCGGUUGCGGUAGGGGGCACGAACGGGUCGUACGUCUUCACGACGGUGGAGGCGCUGCGGCGCCAGCACGGCCAGCGGCGUCACUGGUUCGGCGACCUGGACGCGCGCGAAACGCGGCGGCUGUAUCACGAGCUGUUGCCGCGCCAGCUGCUGGACGGCGAGGAGAGCGUGUACGAGGAGCACGGCCUGCCGGUGGAGGAGCGGGCGAGGCUGGCGGUGGCGGCGCGGCGGGCGGCGCGCCUCUACGCACGCGAGCGGGCCCACCUCCCCGUCGCCCUCUCGUGCGAGAUCGUGGACGGCGUGCGCACGCUGAUGGCGCAGGGCUCUUUCCAGCCGGGCGGGCUAAGCGAGGAGCAAAUCUUCGCCAAGUACGCCGCGAAGCUGGGCGAGGGGGGCGGCGACGUGGAGCAGGUCUACCGGAUGAUGCUGCUCAAGAGCUGCGCCUCCAACGCCCACGUCGACCGCCUCAUGGGCGUGUAGUUCUUCUCUCGUGUCGGUCUGAGGUCUGUGUGGCAGUCUUUUGUCCCACUGGUCGAGCAUGUGCCGCCCCUGCAUAGCUGCGGAGGCCCUGUAGAGUGCCGUCAUCGCCCGCAUAGUUGCGGAGUGUGCGCCCCGUUCUCUCGUGUCGGUGAAAUGAAAAAUGAAAUUUUGUCUUUUGAAUAAU